CAGCUCUGUUGCGAUACCUUUUAAUGUGUGUUUGUGUUUUGACAAAGUACCCGGAGGUAGUUGCCCACCUGGCGCUACUAAAUUGGUUGCUUUGUAAAUGCUAUCAAGCUAGCUGGCUAGCUUCCAGCGCCUUGUUCAACGUAACAAGCUAGCUAGCUAGAUUUGUUGCUAACAACUUUGGUCUCGGUCGAUUUAGAGCGAGCUAACUAUCUAGCUUGCUGAGUUAACAUGACAAAAUAAAACGUUAGGGGGUCUUCGUGUGCAUUUUGCUACAGGCAUAGCAUCAAAUUGAUUUUUGAGGUCCAGUUGGCUUGCUUACUAGCUAGCUAAUAGUAGUAGCUGUAUUAACUAAAAAUCCAAAUUAAAGCGAGAGUGCACGGAUGUGUAACAAUGUUAGUUAUGUGUGUGCCAUUAUGACUACGGAAGUGGAUAGCAACGAGCUAAAACGUUAAAAGGUGCCGUGAAGGCAGGCUGCAUCAAAAGGAGUUUCAGGACCAGGAGCAGACAUUUAUCGCAGAAUUCACCGCCUAGCAGAGAAACGCACAUCCGCAUUCACACACAUGUGCGGUGUUUGCCCGUCGCCUCGGGCCAAGCGCCAUGCCUGGCCGGGACGGAGGUGCUGGCGGAAGCAGCGGGACAGGAGCGGGCACUAACGCGGGUGAAGAGGCCGGUGUUGGGGGAGGCGUCGUAACAGGGGGACCGGGCGGCGCCGGGUCUGCAAAUAUAGCGGGAAGCGCAAGUAUGGGAGGCGGAGGGGUGCUGGGGAACGGAAACAGCUGCGGGGGCCCGGGGUCGGGCCCCGACCUGGAAGAUGUCUGCAGAGACUUUCUGCGCAACGUGUGCAAGCGGGGAAAGCGCUGCCGCUUUCGGCACCUGGACUUCAGCGAGGUGCCGGACCUCGGCGCGCAGAAGAACGAGUUCGUCUUCUGCCACGACCACCAGAACAAGGAGUGCACGCGCCCAAACUGCCGCUUCGUGCACGGGUCCAAGGAGGACGAGGACUACUACAAGCAGACGGGCGAGCUUCCGCCGAGGCUGCGCAGCAGGGUGGCCGCGGGCCUGGGCCUGUCGCCCACGGAGCUGCCCUACAGCCGGGGCGAGGUGCCCCUCUGCAGGGACUUCCUGAAGGGCGAGUGCCAGCGCGGAAACAAGUGUAAGUUCCGGCACGUUCAGAAGGACCGGGACUACGACCCCGGGAGGGUGGGGGCGGGGGGGGGCAUGGGGGUGGGUAUGGCGAGCACGGGGGGUGUGGGAGGGGUAGGAGGAGGGGGUGGCCCCGGGGUGGGAAUGUCGGGUUUCGUAGGGGGUGUAGGGGGCGGUAACUUGAUGGGGAUGGGAUGCCAGAGCUUGGGCAGCUACAGGGAUCAGGGUGUGUCGGUGGGCGGGGUAGGGGUGGGGGGGAUGGGAGGCUGCUUCCCCAUGGGGCCGCCCGGGCCCCGGCGCUUCGACCGAGGCCCCUGCUCGCCGUACGACACGGCGUUCGAGGGCGGGGCCUACGAAGGCGGGCCCCUGGAGGCCCCCAUGGACCCCGCUGCCCUGCAGCUGAAGAGGCGCCGGAUGGACGGGAUGCGAUUGGCCGACGGAGGCGGGGCCCCCUACGACCUGGGGAUGCAGGCCGCGCCCGUGCCACGCCCGGUGGACUACAGGCUGCUGGAGGAGGAGAACGCCCUGCUGAGGAAGCGGGUGGACGAGCUGAAGAAGCAGGUCUCAAACCUCAUCGCCACCAACGAGGUCCUGCUGGAGCAGAACGCCCAGUUCCGCAGCCAGGCCAAAGUGAUGUCGCUGUCCUCGUCCCCCGCGCCCUCCGAGCAGAGCCUGGCGCCCCCCGUGGGGCCCGUCAGCUCCUACAACCACAGCAUCGCCCAGACGCACACCACGCUGAGCAGCGCCGGGCUGCAGCCCCGCCCCGUCGCCCAGCAGGACCCCGGGGCGCCCCCGGCCAACGCCGCCCCGCCCGCCGCCCCCCCGCCCCACCUCAACCCCGAGAUCGCGCCGCUCUCCGCCGCCGCCCUGGCCCAGACCAUCGCCCAGGGCAUGGCGCCGCCCCCCGUCUCCAUGGCGCCCGUGGCGGUUUCCGUGGCGCCCGUGGCCGUGUCCAUGGCGCAGCCCCUGCCGGGGAUCACCAUGAGCCACGCCACCUCCCCCAUGGUGUCGUACCCGAUCGCCAGCCAGAGCAUGCGGAUCACCGCCCUGCCGCACUGACGGGGGGUGGGGGAGACGCUCCCGCCCCUGCUGUGCCCUACUGCUCUGAGGACUGCCCCGCACCACCCCCACCACCCCCCCAACAACUGAGGGUCACUGCCAUGUAAAUCUGAUGCUGCCAGCUCCCACCCCACCCGCCCUGCCCCACCCCCCUCCCCCACUGCCCUGGUGGACCCUGCACCCCCGGUUUUGAGAUUCGCCGCUCCGUGCCAAGCGCCCCCCCCACGCAGCCGAAGUCGAACCUCGCGGUCGGCGCGGACUCCCGUCUUGCGAGCCGUUGCUUUGCGCCGAUUGGCUGAGCCGCGGGUGUGUGCGAUGACUGUGGCGCCGCCCUGAUUGCACCUUCUCUCUGGGGGAUGGGACUGAUUCGUGGACACGCCCUAAAGGGUCCCGUGAGCCAACGGACGUUUUCUUUCCAAGGUAUCGAACGGUGCGAGUAGUUUUGAACUUCUGAAUCUGCCGUAGGAGAUGGGGAUGAAGUCAGUUCCUUUUUAAAUGGAGGUUUAUUUUUUUCUUUAUUCUUUUUCUCUAAGUCUGAGACCCACAGAACUCUGGUGUUUCUAAAGGUGUCCAUGAGAAUACUGAGAAACAGUGCAGAGGGUUGGGAUUAGGUUAGCGUUAGAACUACAGAAAAGCAGUGCAGAGGGUUGGGAUUAGAGUUGGUUAUAACUACAGAAACGCAGUACAGAGGGUUGGGAUUAGGGUAGAGUUAUAGCUGCAGAAAAGUAGUGCAGAGGGUUGGGAUUAGGGUUAGCGUUAGAACUACAGAAAGGCAGUACAGAGGGUUGAACGUUGGCUGCUGUUUUAAUGUUUGUUCUUGUUUCUGCCCUCUGACCUUGAAAUGACCUUCACACAUAAAUGUUCAUGAUGUUAAACAAAGAAUCGAUUUUGCUUGUAAAAUUCUUUCCAUUCUGCUGGAUAUACUCCAGAGAUUUUGUUCCUUCAUCCUUAGGGAAGUUUUUAAUUUGUGUUUUAGUAUUAAAACGGGCACUGUAUGCUCAGACGUAUGUGGGAACUCCCGAUGUCCUGGUAACACGUCCUCGCACACGUCGUGUCUUUUUGGCCGGUACCUUUGCGUGCUUGCCCUGGACCAUGUCUGGCCCUUGCGCUGAAUGCCGGUCUGCUCGCACAGUAGGGGCAGCCGUGCGGCCGGUCUCGCUGUCUCUCUGGGUUUCGGGAUGGAAGCCCCCUGCCGUGUGGGCCGUGGUGCUGGUGCUGCCUGUGUCCAUUAUCUGCACAGCCAAGGCGUCUGAUUGGCCCCAGCGUAGCCACGGGGGGGAGGGGGCUUUUAGCGACAAGCCGUGUCCCGGCCUUGCGCAUGCGCCGCCUGUCUGCGCGACCCUGCGACUGCGCGUGCGCAGCUCUGCUGGGGGAGGAGAAGCGACGGCAUGAAUUUGGGGCCUUGGGUCCCAGGCGUCCCAACACAGAGGGCUGUUCCACACUGGAAGAAAAAAAAGGAAAUGUUUUGUUGAUAAAAAAAAAAGUGGUGAAAUAUGACAGGAGCAGGGGCUGCUGGGUGGCUCACCCUGUUAAGGCGGCGUUCUAGUGCAUGGGUGGGCCCUGCAGUCUGGCAUCUACUCCAGACCGUGCCAGUGCCAACCGUGGCCGGCAGCCCCAUUGGAUGGCUCUGCCGUCGCCCUGGGAUUGUGAGAGGGGAAAACAAACAGGAAGUUUAGCAUCUUGCACGAGGGCCGUCUGAGUCCUGGGAAGAGGGCGCAGGUGGGGUUGAGCACCGGAGCAGUGAGGUUCUCCUGUGCCCCGGCGUUGGUGGAAGAGUGAAAUUGCUGAUCACUUUCACCAUAGAUGAAACGGGCUAAUAGGCAGUGGUACUUCCAAAAUAAAUAACGUGUAUAGUGAGUACUACAGUGGCAAUUAAGUGCAUGAAUUUUAAUCUUUUAAAACUAUUUGUCUAAGUAAUUGAAACCGUAGGGAUGCACAAUGAUAUUGGGGUCCUGUCAGAUAAAAUAAGAUUCUGGCUGAUAUGACGACAGAACAUGCAUGCACCAGAGAAGCAAUGUGUUCAUGCUGUUUAUGCUGUAAAUUAAGUGAAAAUGUCCACUCAACAUCUGAAGCUCCUUGUUUUUAUCAUUGUUACUUGCCAAAGCAAAAUUAUACAGAGAUUAGGUCGUUCU